AUGUCUGCCAUCUUGUUCAGUGGCUCAAUACACCAGGAGAUGCGAUUAUAUGUCGAGCAGUCUCCUGCUAACCAUAUGAGGCUCUCCCGUCAGUUGCGAUUGAAGGGUGCGGCCAUCAAGACGCUGCGGGACAGUCUUGCAGGAGGCGUUGCAUUUGAUCAGAUCGAUGAGACAAUAUAUGCCAUCUUGUGUCUUGCAGUCAACCAGAACGCCUCGCUUACCGAUCGGCGGACUCCGGACGGGUCGAACUUUGACGCCCCGUUUCUUGGGGUGCAGUGGCUCACCUUGUACGGGACAAUGGACUUUGACCCCACGCACUUUGCCGCUAUCCGGGCUUUGGUUCAGCGCAAGGGUGGCAUUGCGAACCUCGAGGCAUAUAGUUUGGGAUGGCUGAUCUUUUUUGCUGCAUUAAUGGGGGCAGCUAGUCGUCUCUCACCACCUGAGUUUUCCCCCGUCACUGUGCACGGUGAGCCUUAUCAAUAUCAGAAUCCUCUGCGACUGUUGAGGGUGUUUGAGAUGCCGUACCAUUUCCGAUUGCCCCGUGGAGGGUUUCAUCUCUUCGAAAGGACAAGCAUUCGUCCCGACAUUAUUCAGACAUUCUUAGACAUCAGUGAGAUGUCGCAAGCCAUCCAGAUUUACCUCGCCGAUAACCGUCAGUCGAGGGCAUUGACAGACAUCCUUGACAGCCGCAACGAUCUCAUGUACCGGCUGCUAUGUUUGCCAGACACGUUGCGAGGCCCGCUUUCGCUAGAGGAAAAUCCAGCCUUUGCCGCACAGAAUCAAGGGAUGUAUCAUAUGCUUUACCUCUGUGCCAGAUUAGCGGCACAACUGUAUAGUCUCCAUGUCAUCUUUCCGAUUCCAACAACGGCUUCCAUAAGACAGACACUGAUUCCCGACCUUCUAGAGAAGGUCGCCUGGUUCGACAAUCUCAGGACGGUAGAGGGUUCUCAGCAGCUUCUCUUAUGGGUGUGCGUGGUUACCGCUGUGGCUGUAGACGACGAUGAUCUCGACACCCGGGGGUGGUUUGUCUCCCGGUGCCGCCAGCUGAUUUCAGGUCUAGGCAUUACUACCUAUGACGAUUUGAAGGAUCUGCUUCAUCUCUUUGGCUGGAUUGAUUCGGCAUGCGACAGGGGCGGCUUCAAUAUUUGGAAUAUGACUAAUAUCUUUACCCACUGA